ACCGCGAGGCGUAGAGUGCGCUCGUGCUGUGUGACUGGCACGGUGUAUGUGUGUGAUAGAGGGGCGCACGUCAAAUACUCGGGGAGUGCGUAUGCUGAAGUGCUGAAGCGUAUGCCUGCUGACGCGAAGUGUCUGUAAAGUAAGCGUAGAGAACUGAGUUAACAGUUUCCUUGACGUGAUUGAAGUUUUUUUAUUGACACAGAUGGACACGCCAAACCAGGAGAACUUGCGGCAGUUUUACACGCGUUAUGGAAUGUCUCGCCCGACCACUUCAGGCAUAGGACAUUUGUGCCUGAACUUUGGACAGCGGCUGCUGCUGGUGUGUUCUUAAAUGUUGUCUGCUACUACAACACAACUGCAGCAAAAACUCUUUGAGGUUAUGUUUCGUGAGUUUGGAGGCUUGUGUCUUGUGUCUCAGGAGAGCGCCUGAUGGGAUGGGGCAACUGGCGACCCAGGUUCAACUUUGGGCAGCUGAAGGCGCAGUCCAAAGUGUCCGUCUUCCUGACCAUGAUCCUUAUAGUCACCUACCUGUUCUACUGUCUCACGGGAUAUUGUGAGUCGUUGCCACGGCCGCUGUACGACCAGCAAAGUCUCAGAGGUAAAGUUCACGCCGGUGAACCAGGGCAUUCCGCUUCGCAAGCCCAUGGACCCGGUGGUGGUGGUGCGCGCUGGAACGUCUCCGUGCUUCGUGAACUUCCCCUGUCCAACGGACACCACCAGUCGUUAUCGCAGGAGGGCGAAACAGCAGCAACCGGCAGUCGAGCUCGCACUGUCGUUUCCUCCAGCCAUAACAUCACAGUGUCGAACAAUUUCGGGACCAAAGAGUUCCCUCAGGCGAUAAUCAUCGGCGUGAAGAAAGGGGGCACGCGGGCGCUGCUGGAGUUCCUCCGGAUUCACCCUGAUGUGCGGGCGGUGGGAGCCGAGCCUCACUUCUUCGACCGGUUCUACGACAAAGGUCUUGAGUGGUACAGGUAAGACACGUUACCAGUGCAAUUAUGUGUCUUUUGUGUAAAAUUAGUGUACAUGAUUAUUAUCAAAAUGGCAACCAUUU